AUCAAAUAUGAGAAUAGAAUAAUUAAUAAAAAAAUAUAAAAUAUCAGUGAUCACUAAAUUUACCUUGUAUGGCUAACAUUGAAAUAGAGCCGGGCGCUGCCCAUGAGAGUGUUUUAGUAACGACGGAAUCUUUUGGCGAGAUGACGUCAAGUUUGGAGGAAAUCAAAUGUUCCAGUUCCAGUGUUUCAUCUCAUCUUGAAGAAUGUAAUAAUGAUAAUAAUAUUAUCGAACAGUUUGAAGAUACUGUCAGUUUUGUUGGUGAUAAUAAUACAGAUGGAGAGGAAGCUCAGGAACUACAGAAGGAAUGGCUUGGGAAAGAAAAACAUGUAUUUGUCUUGAGCUUUGCAGGAAAACCAAUAUAUUCUCGAUAUGGAAAUGAAGAUAAACUGGCAUGGCUUUUUGGUGUUAUGCAAACUCUUGUGAGUUUUGUACAGUCCAAUGAUGAUUGCAUCCAGAGUAUCCAUGCUGGCGAUACACAUUUUGUGUUUCUCAUUAGAAAGCCUUUAAUAUUGGUGGCUGUCUCAAAAACUCAGGAAAGUUAUCAUCAACUGACUGCCCAACUCAAUUACGUAUUCAACCAAAUAACGAGUACAUUAACUCUGACUCGUCUCAACAAGAUAUAUGAACAGAGGCAGAACUAUGAUCUUAGGAGGCUACUGUCUGGUGUGGAGAGGCUCAUUGAUCACUUGUUGGAUUUUUUUGAAAGGGAGCCGUCAUUCUCCUUGGGGGCCGUUCAAUGUUUGCCGCUCUCUCCUUCUGUCAGAGAUACCAUCAGCUCAUCAAUUGUAGGCUCAUGCAGUAAAAUAAAGAACUUGGUUUUUGCAAUACUCUUGGCGAACAAUAAGUUGAUAACUCUGGUGAGAAUGAAGAAAUACUGUCUUCACCCGGCAGACUUACACUUAAUCUUCAAUCUAGUACAAGCAUCUGAGAGUCUCAAGAAUUCUGAAAGUUGGACUCCCCUAUGCUUGCCCAAAUUUGACUCUAGCGGAUUCCUUUAUGGACACGUUUCUUACUUGGCUGAAGACUGCCAGGCGUGUUUGCUACUUUUAACUGUUGAAAGGGACGUUUUCUUCACUCUGAGUGACGCCAAACAGCAUGUUGUCGAAAAGUUGCGGAGAGCGAAUUGUUUGGAAGCAAUAAAUGAAUCCUUGAAUUCUAGUGAAGUGAAGUGUGCAAGUGCUGGUUUUCCUGAAAUUCGCCAUUACCUCUACAAGUGUAAGUCUACGGCUCAAUUCCAUCAGCCCUCUCUGAGCCCACUUUAUGCUGAGUCCAAGGUACACUUGAUAAAUAUUUACAAAAGGGUACAUUACAGGCUGCAUGGUCCUGCUAGGCCACUGAAACUGGUUUUUGAGAGAAAUUCUGAGGAAGCAUUAUUAGCUUGGGAUACAAAAGGCUUUGAGUUGUAUGUUGUUUUUGAACCAUUGAUAGAUACUUCAUUCGCUAUCAAUUCAGUUGGUAGGCUCCUAAAUUGGAUCAAGAAAAGAGAAGAUAAACUGUUUCAUUUGAAUGCACCAACAUUUUGAAUUAUUAUAAUGUUUUCAUUCAUAUGAUUCAUAAAGAAUUGGAUCGUAGGGCAAGUAUUUGGAAUACCAGUUUUUGAUUCCAUUGAUUGUUGUCUAUGGUAGAAUAUGUGUGAUUUGAAUCAUUUUAUAUUUUCUGUAGGUUAAUCAAGGACUUCGAAUGUCAUUUCUCUAGAUAUUUGGGAUCUCCUCUCCUCAUCUUUAAAAUUAUUCAAUUAUACCUGUAGUAAGCACAUCCAGAUGAUAUUGAAAAAUCGAGAGAAACUAAUGUAGUUAUUAUUCCAAUUUUUUUGGGAUUUUCUCUCCUCGUUUCUAUAAAAUAAAAAUAUGAAUAUUAUUUCAAUAUACGUGUAGUAAGGACAAAUCAGAUGAUUUGCCCCAAAAUGUCACUGUGUUUAAAGAAUUGGAAUAAUGAAUGUACCACCUCCUCAAUUAACCUACAGACAGUAUUCAAUGUAGUUAUCUAACCAACUAGUGUAUUAAUGAAGACGAUUAAUGUUCGAGAUCAGCAAUCGCCAUAGUAAUAUACGAAUUGGUUAC